AUGCCUCGCGGACACCAGGGUCGGCUGAGGAAGGCAAAGGCCUUCGCCAAGAAGCUACUGAGAGAGCUCAAAGGAGACGCCCUACCAUCACCUGCGCAAGUGGAAAGUGAACGAGGGAGUGAGACUGGAGAUGGCAACGUACAAGUACAUCUUGGGCCACCGGUACCAACUGCAAGCCAGGGUCGUAAUGAGCCCGAAAGUGACAGUGACGGAAAAGAUGAGCUGUGCCCCAAACCUAAACGAGCCAGGAAAAAAUACGCGAAAUGCGACAGGUUCAGUGCACGAAAAAAGAAGGUACGGGACAUCUGGACAGAUGUAUUCGAAGGAAAGCCUACUCUGGCGGAGUUGAACGAAGUAGUCAGCGACGAGAACAAGGCCAUUCAGUUCCUGGCAUCGAAAGGGGCGAUAACGAUCCCAACUAUAUGUGGGCGAUGCAACAGUGGGGUGACGCCUGACUGGAAAAGACACCAGUCAAGAUGUCAGAAGGCGAAUUGCGUAUGGAAGCCACCAACGGAAUGUGAGAUCUGCCCCUGCAAGGACAUGCAGACAGUGCCUGUGAGCACGGUCGACGAGGGAAAACAGUGUCAGAACGCAGAAUGUGGUUGGACAUGGUCUCCUGGCAAGCCGUGGACCUGUUCCUUCUUCCGGAAGAGCUUUCUGAGCGACUGCAGACUACCAAAAAAUGAAGUGCUCCUUCUCCUGUACUUGUGGCUUACCAACGCGACGCAUACGAUGGUGUGCACCCUUCUGGGAUGGAACAACGAAACAGCAACACGGUGGCUUAAGUGGUGCCGGAAAAUGGCACAGGAGAUAGUGGUGAGCCAACCACACGACAACAACAUGAUCGGUGGCAAUGACAUCAUCGUGGAAAUCGACGAGUCCAAGUUUGCCAAGAGGAAGUACCACAAAGGAAGACGUGUGAAAGGUAGCUGGGUACUCGGAAUGGUGGAAAGAACACAACAACGUCGUAUGGUGCUCCUUGUGGUCCCAGAUCGAACGAAGAAGACGCUAGAGCAUGCCAUUAUGACCUUUGUCCAUCCAGGAUCGACAAUUCACACCGACAUGUGGAAAGGGUACAUCAGUCUGGAUCGAUUAGGAUACGACCACAAAACUCUCUGCCAUAAGUAUGAGUUUGUCUCAGCAGAGGGAACGCACACCCAAACGAUAGAAGGGAACUGGACACCUCUUAAACGAGCUAUUCCGGUCCAGUGCAGGAGUGGUGUGGAUCUGCAGGAAUACCUAUUUCAAUUCAUGUGGAGAAGAAAGAACGAGGGGCGUGAAUGGGAGGCUCUGUGGGAAGGCCUAGCUCGUGUGCGCUUGACUGUCCAGGAAUUGGAGCGGAUGGACCAAGAGAGAGAGAGAGUUUGCGAGGAUGACGACGAGGACUACGUGCCAAUUGACGAUGCCGAAGAGGCCGAAAAGGCCGAAGAAGAAGCUGUGGAGACCAACGACUACGACGACUUUGUUGCUUCCUUCGGGGAUCUGGACUUGACACCAGUUGAAGACGGUGGCACCAUGGAGAACGAGGCAGUGAACGAUUCAGCAGAGACGGAGGAAGAACGACUACGGGAGGACAUCGCAUACGAGGUGAUAGCAGAAAUGUUGGAGGGAGGAGUAGUGGAUCGGUCCAUCUUCUACCAUGACACAGGAGCGAGAGCGAUUAUUUAG